AUGGCUAGAAUCUCAUCCAAACUAAAAUACGCUAAUGACACUCUUGGGGCUACCAAAAGUCCCGUCACAGACACUAUAAGUAAAUGGAAAAUACCUCAUUAUUACAAAAGAAAGCACAAUUCCGGUCAGACGUCUACAAAGCCUCAAAAGGCGCCGGGUUCUACAAUUUCUCCAAAGAUCAAUACCAUUAACAGUUCUAAGAAAGUUAUCAUUGAGGACUCCAGUGAUAAGACUUCACGAUCCAAGAAGAAAAAUAGCAAAUCUGAAAAGAGAAACUCAAGAGAGAUGGUCUUUGUUAAUUACACUGUACAAGAUAAGUCACUCCCAGAGUCACCUUCAAAUAAUAAUGUAUCGUGCGCCCCAGAGGAAAAAAAUCAUAAGUUACGCUCAAAAAGAGACAUGCUUAAAAUGUUUCGUUCUGCUAAAGAUAAUUGCGCUCCUCAAUUGUCCCCAUCAUCCUCAGUGGGCGCUUCCAUUGUGGGGAUACCACAGUAUAAUGCGUUGAAUAAUCAAGUUAGCACGCCUAUGGAAAGCAAUGAAGACAGCCAAUUUGGGGGACCACUUAGUUUAGAGAAAAUUAAUGACAAGUUUGACUAUGAUGAUUUCAUGAAAUAUGGUAUUAUGACCAACUCAAUCUCUGAAUCAGAGCUUUUGUUAGAGUAUACGCCAUCAAAUGGUAAACCAAGGUAUGAAGAAGAAGUUGUUCCUAUCUCCAAGAGGAAUUCAUCAUUGGCAAAGCCUCUCAGACAAAUUGCCAAUCAUCCUUAUGCCAGCUCAUCGCCUUCACUACCUACUAUCUCAACUUUGCCCCUAAUUAGUGGUAAAAAUGGGAAAGCACAACUUUCUCAAAGUGAACAGAAUUUUGACUUGAAUAUUUCACCUUCAAUUUCUAAUGCUGGGUCAAACGUUGGGUCAAUACCAAUGAGCAAUAGCAGAACAAAUUCAAAUCGUAAAGAUUACAGUUCGAAGAUCAUACCUCAAUACAUAGGACUCAACACAAAUAAUUAUGAUUGUACUGAUGGAUAUUCUUCUUCUCAACAGGCCACGGCCGGAAACUCUCAACCAAGUGCAAGCCCAACUUCUGAUAGCACUGCUCCAGUUAAAAUGGGAGAAGAGAAUGAUGCUUCCAUUGAAUUCAGUAAAAUGUUCAUUAGAAAAAGGGCAGAUACUGUGGGAUCUAUAUAUUCAGGUCGAUCAGCAAGUACAUCUACACCAUUAAAUAAUGUGAGCAAUUGCAUUAGUAAAACGACGACACAGAGAGUUGCAAGUAUAGGAUCAUUAUCAUCUCUUACAAAUAGAUAUUCGCCAAUUAGGACUGCUUCACCAGCCAGACCUCGCUCUGCCACCCGUACUUCCUCAGUCUACCGUCUAUCAAGAGAUUUAACGUCUUUAUACAGUGUACCUGAUGAGGAAGAGGCUGUCGAAAAUGCAGAUAAUGAAACCUUUUUGGAUUCACAAUACCCGAGUAAAUAUUAUACUAAUAACUACAAUAAUCCAACCACUCUCAGAUUUGGACAUAAAAAGAAACAGGAAUCAAUUUCUGACUUAUACAGGCACUCAAGGACAACUUCCGCAGUUAGUGUCACUACCCCCUCCUCCAGCUCUUUCAUGACAUCACCUUACUUAAACUCAACAUUUGCAGUUGCAGCAUCUGGUUCAGUGGCAUCAACACCCACUACGUAUGAUAAAUAUGGCGCAACUAACGAAAAUACUAACUCGGUUCUAACUAAUGCAUAUGCAUCAUCGCGCGCUUCCAGCAAUAUGAAUAGGAAGAGUGAAAUUGAUAGUAACAAUGCCAUGAUUGAAUUCGCAGAAUUAAGAUCAUCACUUGAACAUUUACCUGUGAUAAAGGGUAUUGGCAAGAAAAAACAUGAUAAUAGAAAGGAUACCAUUUAUGAUUCUAACAAUAAUGAUAAUAUUCAGAUAAAGCAAGAAAAAUCUUUUGCUACUUCCGGCACUGACGCACAUACAAUAGAUAUGGGCAAUACUACGAGUCAUACUAUUAACAAUCAUGUGAAUGAUGAUCUUUUGAGGAUUUUUACUAGAGACAGCAGUGAAAAUGGUAGUGUUAUGGAUUGCUUGAUGGGCAAUUCUUUAUCUACCAUUGCAAGUUCUACCCAAGGCCAUAAUUUCCCAUCUAAUGAAGAAUAUUCCUUGAUUAACACUGGUGCAGGCUUGGUUGAUGUAAAUUUGAAUCGUUUUACAAAUUCACCAAUGGUACAAAGCAAGGUUAUAUCUUCAAAUCCAGGUAUAAAUAUUCCUAAUGGGGAUGAAUUGAUGACACAAUCUGCCUCGGGAUUCAGUUUUGAAGGUUCGACAUCGUUUGCAGAAUCACAGAAUAAGACCGCCGAAAGGGAAAAUUCAAAAUCAGCUUCCGGAUUAUCAAAUAAGGAGGGAGCUUUUGAAGUUCCUUCCUAUCAUCAAGCAUCUACAAUAAACCCACUAGAAAAAGCAUCUUCCCCCUCUACGGUCGCACCGAUGACGAAUAAUGGUCAUGCUCUUGAUUUUGACUCAGUUCUCGGACCUGACUUACAAGAUAUUUCCCAAAUAUCGUCUGCUCAAUCAAAUAAUGAUCAUUCCGGUCCAAGCUUUGGGUACUCAAAUGUACAUGCAAAUUUCGAUGUCAGCAACAUGGAUAUUGAUAAUUUGACUAAGCUUUUUUAUUCGAGCAAGUAG